AAUUAGUCAGUAAUCAAAAGUAUCAAACACAAACGAAAAUGGCGUCUUUGAAGAAGUACAAAAUGAAGAUUAUGUGGGAAACAGCAGUUGUGUUUUGUCUUUGUUCAUUGUCUUUGGUUUCUUCACACAGCAGGAAAUUCACAACACCAAACGUGACACGCCUCACAGAUCAAUUCACUAAGAUCACCAUUGAAAAUGGCUUCGUCAGACGUUUCGGAGCUCAUAAUAUUCAGGUCAAUGGCUCCCUCGCAAAGCUCACUCUCGACAAAUCCUCUGGAGCUGGGUUGGUGUCAAAGAACAAGUAUCACUAUGGUUUCUUCAGUGCAAGACUCAAGCUUCCCGCUGGAUUUGCCUCUGGUGUUGUGGUUGCUUUCUAUUUAUCAAACGCAGAGAGUUAUCCAAAAAACCACGACGAGAUAGACAUAGAAUUGUUGGGUAGAAGUAGGAGAGAUGAUUGGACGAUCCAAACGAAUGUGUAUGCAAAUGGAAGCACGAGAACUGGAAGAGAAGAGAAGUUUUACUUUUGGUUUGAUCCAACGCAAGCCUUUCACGACUAUACCCUCAUUUGGAAUUCCCACCAUACCGUAUUUUUGGUAGACAACAUUCCGGUUAGGCAGUUUCCGAACCGGGGAGCCUUCACAAGCGCGUACCCGUCUAAACCGAUGUCUCUAUACGUCACCGUUUGGGACGGUUCAGAGUGGGCCACUAAAGGUGGUAAGUACCCCGUCAACUACAAGUACGCCCCAUUCGUGGCUUCCGUUGCUGACGUGGAGUUAAGUGGCUGCUCCGUUUACAACGGCUCCUCUAUCGGGUCCGGGCCAUGUACCAAGUCGGGCGGGUCGAUUUCGAGCCUGGACCCUGUUGAUGGUCAGGAUUUUGCCACGUUGUCGAAAAAUCAGAUCAAUGCCAUGGAUUGGGCUCGGAGAAAGCUAAUGUUCUAUUCUUAUUGUAGUGAUAAGUCGAGAUACAAAGUCAUGCCUGCUGAGUGCAACUGAUUUUUAAUUUAUAUGUUAAAAGUUAAAACACACAACAUUGUUACUUUAUAAUUUUACUUAGGAUACUAGCGGUUUAAAGUAAUGUUUCAAAUUUUCUUCUUCUUA